ACAAGAAGUGAAGUUAAAGAGAAGUGUCGUAUUUAAAAGCUAAAUUCCAUGCAAGUGGAGAAAGAAACUUAGUGUAGUACUGGUAUAUAUGUCUGUCAGUGUCAGGAAUGUGAAAUUUCCAGUUGGUAAUCUUAUUAUUAUUAAGUUAAUCAAUCCUGCAAAAGGAUCAAUACAUUGUCUGUCAAAAAAUUCAGCUAACACUAAUCUGUCUUUUUUUUGUGUUUUUCAUAAUUGGACAGAGUUGUACUUACUGCAAUUACUUCUUGAUGAUGGAGUCACCUCAGUGCAGUCAGAUCAAAAUAGAAGGUAAAGAGGUCAGUGACUCAUCUCUGCUGCAAGAAAUGGUGGUUGUCAACAUUAAGAAGGAGCGUGAAGAUGUAGGAGACAACAUUGCCAUUAAGAAGGAACCCGAGAGUCACGAUGAAGAGGCUGGUUCUUACAAGCCUCCCAGCCCCAGCUGUAGUGAUGUCAAGACUGAAUAUGACAUCACAGUUCCUGAUGUCAAGAUAGAAUGUAAACUUGAGACUCCUGAUGACAGUCACCAACCUGCCUCGCCCAUCUAUGCAUUGCCUGGCAUUCUGACUGCCAGUGAGGGCCUCUCUACAUUUGAAGAAGCGGCAACCAGUUCCAAGCAGCACACGGCGAUGCCUGCACCAUCCGAGGGUGGGAUUUUGAGCUCCAAAGUUGAGACUCAACUGCAGACGUGUCAUGCAGAUGCGCCCUCGUCCUCAAAUCAAUUUUCAUGCCAAGAAUGUGAAUACCGCAGCAGUUCAAAACGCAAUCUUCAGGCACAUAUUCGUGCAAAACAUUCAGAAGUAACUGAAUAUUGCUGCGGUGAAUGUGAAUAUCACAGCAGUUCAAAGCGUAAUCUUCAGGCACAUAUUCGUGCAAGACAUUCAGAAGAAACGGAACAUUGCUGCACUGAAUGUGAAUAUGUUUGUUCUUCAAAACGAAAUCUUAAUUAUCAUAUCCUUACCAAGCAUUCUGUGCAGAAACAUUUUUGUUGCAUGGAAUGCGAUUUUUCUUGUGCUUCAAAAAGCGGCCUUAGGAGCCAUGUUCUCUCCAGGCACUCAUCAGAGAAGCCUUAUCACUGUUCAGAAUGUGAAUAUUCUUGCGUGACUAAAAAACUUUUAAGAGAGCAUGUUUUUUCCCGACAUUCAACUGAGAAGCCUUAUAAUUGCGCAGAGUGUGACUAUUCAUGUGUAUCUAAGACAUAUAUGAGGAAUCAUGUUCGUGCGCAUCAUACAUAUGAGAGGCCAUUUCGCUGCUCAAUGUGUGAACACACCUGUGUAACUAGCAGCCUUCUAGGAAGACAUAUUCUACAAAAGCAUUCAGAGGAAAAACCUCACAAGUGCUCACAGUGCAGUUAUUCAUGUGCUAUUAAAUCUAAUCUCAGGAGGCAUGUUCAGUAUAGGCACUCAGAGGAGAAACCUUCUCGCUGUAUGCUGUGUAGUUAUUCCUGUGUGAGCAGCAGUGAUCUAAAGAGGCAUAUACUGAUCAUGCAUCCCCUAGAGAAGUAGUUCUGGGCCAAUAUCAAUGUACCGAUGAAACUCAUCUAUAUCAGUAUUUAUCUUCUUUCUAACCAUAUACAGGGAAAUAAGUUUCCUCACUGCACCCAUCAAUGUGUUAAAGAAAUUGUGAAUUAUAUCAACUUUUUUCUCGGCUGCAGACCACUGUUUGCGAGAACCUUACACAUAACUCUGCAGCCAAAUUUUGUCGAUUUAUUUUGCUUGUUCAAUCGAUACUUUUAUUCUAAUUUAAUGUAUUAUUUAGGAAUGGUAUUAAUGUUCUUACAAUAAUUUUUAUCUACUUGAACUCCAGACGCCAUCUUGGUUGUGAAACACUUCCUCUUAGAAGUGUCAGAACUUGAUUUAUAAAUGAUGAAUAGGGCACAAAGUUGCCUUAAUUUUUAUAGUAUGUUAAAUUUUAUACGAUUAAUGAAGUGUAACUGCUAAUUUUAUGUAUAUUAAUAUAUAUGAUCUCCUAAGAUGAUAGGUUAAUUGUAAGAUAAUGAUAAUUUUAGCCUUGAUACUAUGUGAAAUAAAUUGAACUCAAUUGCAUUGUAGAACAAAACUUGUACGAGGCUCAAUCAAUAAAAAAUUGGAUGCAUAUAGUAAAAUUGACCAGCUUGUUUCUGGUUGCCUGCAGGUCAUACCUACAUUAAUGAAUCAUUAAAUUGUUUCAUUCA